AUGUUUAACUUUAAACUAAUUGUCAUUGGGACUGUCUUAUCAACUACGUUUUUAACUCAGGCCAUUCAUAUCAAUUCAUAGCAGAGCAUUUCUCAAAGCUAUGAUGCUGAAGCUCCAAUACCAAAUUUUAGCAAUGCAUAAGUUGACUUUCAAUCUAACAAAAAAGAUGUGGAACAUAAUUCUAUUGAUAAACAGGAUUAAACUAGCAAGAAUGGAUCUUAAAAUGAAAAGGAAGAAAUAAAAAUUGAUGAGUUAUAAGAAAGUGAGAUGCCUCAUGAAGAAAAUAAGUUUGAGCCUUUGAAUCUAGAUUAGUUACCACUUGAAAAAAAAGGAUCUAGUGGCUAUGAAGGCACCUCAAACUUAGCAGAUGAUUCUAAUUAAUACGAAGAAACUGUCAAAAAUUAUGAUGAUGAUAAAAAAACUCCAACUCCUUUGAUUAUGGUCCAAACUGAUGAAGAUUAUUAUUUUUAGAACUAGAUAGAAGAACCACCCUUGUUAGAGGUACCUCCUUCUUGGUGA